AUGGCUAACUCCAUUGCCCGCUUCCUGUCAGACAUUUUCAGGAGCAAGGAUUUUGUGACAUUAAAUGGGCUGGUGGCUCUGGGCAUCACGGGUGGCCAGGAACUCUUCUCCUUGUUGGCCUUCCAGUGCCCUUGUGAACCAGUUCGGAACUGCCACAUCAUCCUCAACAACCAAAGCAGGAUCGAGUGCCGGUGGUUCAGGGCCAAGAAAUGCCCAUGCAUCCUAUAUUCCAUCGUGGGCCGCGCAGCCGUGGCCCCCCUCACCUGGUUGGUCAUCUCCCUGCUGCGAGGGGACGCCUACGUCUGCGUAUUCAGCGAGUUUGUGGACCCGUCCUCGCUCACGGCUGAGAACGAGAGCUUCCCUCUCUCCCACGCCACGCAGAUCCUGGCCAGGUUCCCUUGCGGGGAGAGCCCUGACAACCUGUCUGGGUUCCGGGAGGAAGUGAGCCGCAGGCUCAAGUCUCCCCUGCACGCGGGCCCCAGUCGGGCAGUGAGAAUGGCCGUGGUGGUGUUCCUGAUCAAGUGCCCCAAGGCCUGCUGCUGGAAGCUCGGCUACCACCAGGAGGCCUACAGGGCCCGCUACCUCACCAAUGAGGAGCAGCUCUUGCGACGCAGGGCCGAGGCGCACUCCCUCGCACUGGCGUCCAACAACGUGAAGCAGUUCUUUGGCUACAUGGCGCUCAGCCAGAGGGACCAGGCACUAAUGGCCAAGUUCCCAAAGCAAGGUGCACAGCGUUGUCUACCAUGGGACAAAAUCACUGGCAGCUCCGAGUACCAGGAGAUGCUGGGCAUCCCCCUCUACAGCCGCCUGCACAAGUGGGCCUUCUGUCAGCCUGACAUCGACGAGGAAUUCAAUAUGACCCUACUUCCCGACACGUAG